UAAAUUGUCUCCCAUUACAAAGAAGGCUUGGAGUGCAAGGCAAGUAACCUACAACAUAUAAAUUCCUACAAUAAUAGUCAACCUAUACAAGAAAGGAAAGAACAUCGUUUAAUAACUUGAGAUUUUCCUAAUCCAAAUGGCGUGAGGAUUUCCCAUAGAACUUGAGGCGGCUGGAAAUUUUUUAGUAAUGAUAAGAGGAUUCCUAGCUAGCUAGUGGAGAAAAGAGUUGGCAUCGAUCAAACACAUAAAUACCUCUUCCCUCUCGUUUCUAUCUCACUCUCAGACGUUCACAUCCAAACCCUAAUUCUGUAACCUAAAAAACACACCGAGAGAGAGAGCCAUGACGCAGCAACCGUCCAAUCUCCGAUGGGGAGAGCUCGAAGAUGAAGGCGGCGAGGAGGACCUGACAUUCCUUCUGCCGCCGAAGCAGGUGAUUGGGCCCGACAAGAACGGCAUCAAGAAGGUGAUUGAGUACAAGAUCAAGGAGGACGGCACUAAGGUCAAGAUCACAACCAAUAUUCAGGUUCGGAAAAUCGUCGUCAAUAAGCGGGUCGUGGAGCGCCGCUUGUGGGCAAAGUUCGGUGAUGCCGCGCCCGUGAAUAAAGGUGCGGGUGACCGAGGGGUGGUAGACGACAGUCUCACUAUGGUCUCCACGGAAGAGAUCGUCCUCGAGCGCCCUAGGGCUCCAGGUAGCAAAACUGCAGGAGGAGAGGCUUUGGGUGAUGGACUUGGAAAAGGAGGGGAGAUCAAACUUUGUAGGACUUGUGGUAAGAAGGGUGACCACUGGACUGCCCAUUGCCCCAACAAGGAUUUAGCCCCCCAGGACCCCGAACCGUUUACUGAUCAUAAGCGUCCUACGUCCGGACAUGGCAAGUAUGUGCCUCCUAACAAAAAUGCAAGUGGUGACAUGAGACGAAGGAACGAUGACAACUCGGUUCGCGUUUCCAACCUUUCGGAGGACACACAGGAGGCCGACUUGCAUGAACUUUUCCGGCCUUUCGGCCCCGUGACCCGUGCUCACGUUGUCCGGGACAAGACUACUUCCGUUAGCAGAGGAUUUGGGUUUGUCGAGUUUGUGAGUAGGGACGAUGCCCAGAGAGCAAUCAACAAACUUGAUGGCUACGGUUAUGACAAUCUCAUCCUCAGGGUUGAAUGGGCCCCACCCAAAGCAAAAUAG